AUGACACAGACCCCUUGUGACGGUAUCAAGAUCCGGGUCGCACAAACGUCCAUCAUACUACCCAGGUCGGAGGCUAUUGCUUCCUGUUACGUCGCGUCUCCUACAAACACCUCGCAUCCCAUCAUGUUGACAGCCCAACCCGCCGCAGUAUACAGGAAACAGCUCUUUAUAGCCCCAGCAGUACUUCAUCCAGGUCGUGCUUUUUUGCUCGUUACAAACCCUUUCUCCAGACCUGAAGCAUUGUAUGAGCACCAACAAGUGGCUGCGGCGGUCCCCCUUGCUACGGAUGACUCAGGAGCCUUAUUCGAGGCAUCGACUGACAAUCACGGUCAUGAUAAAACCCCUGUCAUUGCGGUCACCGACCGCGACACAACAGUUUCUCAUCAACCGCUUAAUAUCGACCUGUCUCAGUGCGAGAAUGGAGACGCGCACAACAGAAGCAGCACCAACUAUCCACAAAACACAGAGCGAUUCGCUGUCCAGCCGACUUCUGACUCCAGGCGCAAAGUGAAGUGGAACCGAAUCGGAAAAGCAAUUGCGUUCGAUAUGAGCGACUCUGUCCCAAUGGGCAACGCCACGGCGGCCAACGCAAACGGCGGUCGAAUAAGCGUAGAAUCAGGUACCGGGGCGGGUCCCCCUUUGCAACCUUAUGGCCAUACCUUGGCCGAUACAGCAGUUUCUCACGCACAUGAACAGGAUAAUGAAUCCAUGGAUGUCGAUUCCCUCUUGGGAACACCGGAGUCCCGCUCUGGAACCAACGACCAGGAUGGCUCCAGAGGCUCUUCGUUAUUGUCAGAAUUUCCAGUUAACGUCGGCUACCGUUCUCCGACCCCUUCCAUGAUGGAUACCACAGAGCACGUGUGCCGAACCCCGAACGGGAGUACUGUUCUCGUUUUCGUCGAGGUCGACUGCUCUAUGAACGGUAUGCCAAGAACCCAGAACGAUCGAUGGAUAUGA